AUGCCUCGCACUCGCAGGUCGAAUCGCCAAUCAGGCCCUCGGACCAAAUACACUAAUGAUCCCUUCGAGAUCGCCGGGGUCAGUGACGAGUCCAAGGCGGAAGAUUCCAACCCCUCUCGGAAAAAGGGAAAGGGCGUAGCCACCUCGCCGCAAGAUUCCUCGUCUGAUGAGGACUUCAAAGAUGACGGCAAUGGCCAGGAAGAAAACUCCGAUGAAAAUGAGGACGACGACGAUGAGGAGAUGAUUCCAGACGAAGAAGAUGAUGACGAGGAUGAUGAAGAUGCCAUGUCAGUUGACAGCGAAGGCGGCCGUACCGGUCCUGGCAAGAAGAACCUGAAGAAACCCCUUGCUCAGCCAAACCGCGCCAAACAGCGGAAUCGGGGUCCCGCAAUGCCUGCUCCCGGAGACACGCAUUCGCGGGGAGUCUGGAAUCCUACCGAGCACGUGGGUAAGGUGGAGCAUCUUCGAGUGACGUUCGGCACAGACGAGAGGGAUCUUUUAGCCGUUGUGCAUGCGCGAGAUCAGUGGUCUGGGGGUGCGGACUCGACCUUGCCCACUCGCUCAUCGUUGAAUCGCGCCCAGAAAGCGUCCGGGUACAAGUAUGGACUGACCUUUGGAACUGAACCGGAAGAUUUGAAGAGGGAGAGCACUAGGGGCUGGGACUGGUAUUAUGCCGAUGAGAUCCAGGAGAGGUUUAGGAAGCGACAGCGGAUUGAGGAGAUCGAGGAGGACGAGGCGAGGAGGGUUUACAUGCCCCUCCCGAAGGAGCAGGACCACACGGUGCUCAUUGGACCGGUUGAUGAUGAUCAGACUCGGUUUCAGUUGGCUCAACAUGAAUCGGCCAACUUUGGGGAUGCGUGGGAUGAGGGCAAAGGUUCCGCGCGACCCAAGAAAAAGAAAAGGCAGGGCUGGAUUAUCAAUAUGGGGCAGAGGGUUAAGAACAUGGCCUGGGUGCCCAAUCAACCGGGCCUGACGCAGUAUCUGGCCAUGGCUGCUCCGAUCCGGGAAGAACAGAAGAAACCGUAUGGCGAUCCAUCAAAGUCCAGCGCGCCUGCAUUCACCCCCUCGCCCCCCUAUCCGUGUGCUUUGCAGCUCUGGAUGUUCAAGGCUGCGAAACAGGAGAGCUUCACAAAAACAUUAGAUAUGACUUUUAAACCGAGAUUACGGCUAGCCCUAUGUACCGAUUGGGGGGAUCUGAAAAAGAUGGCCUGGUGCCCCAUGGCUCGGGAUCCACGGGAUGAAGACGAGGAAGAUGACUUGAGGAACGUCGGGCUUUUGGCGGGUAUAUGGGGAGACGGAUACCUCCGAGUUAUUGACGUCAAAUUAAGUCGGAAUCCAAACAAGACGAAAUUCCGUGGGUCUCCCUGGAUUUGA